AAAUGCCGAGUAGGGUACUUACAUAUUAGCAAUGAGAUACGAGCGAAUGCCGUAUCCAUACAUAAACCGAGUGAAGAGAAAGAGAGAGUAAAUACCGCAUCAUAGCUGCCUGCCAUAUAGCCCACACACAGCACCGCCUGCUUGUGAAUGCUUUUCGGUUUGAUGAAAUGACUGCCACCAAAGCAGAGCACAGCAUACUUUUGCUGCAUGUUGAGCAGUGAGAACAUUUCUGUAGGUACGUAGGAUAGGUACACAUUGCUCCGAAAACAAGUCUCGUUUAGCCACAUUCCACCAUCAUCGUUCGAAGUGCGGAGUAAAAAAAGAAGUCUCUCACCUGCUGCAAAAGUUAGAUUGGAUGUCCGAAAAAAGAUAAAUAUUUUCACACAAAAAUUUGCCUGCUUGGACACGAAACGGGGUCCCACGUUUCAUUGUGAUGAUUGGUGCAAUUGUAGCCUUUACCUAUGGUCAUACGUGACUUGUGAUCUUUAAAGUGCGUUAAGGUGGUUCGGAACGAAAAGUGCUAUCACAACAAAAAAAAUGUCAAUAGAUUUGGAGAAACAUCGAGAAUCCAUCGUACGGGCCUGGAAGACGGUGGUGGACACCAAAAGUUCCACCAACUGGGCCCUAUUUUCGUACGAGGGUCAAAGCAAUGUGCUGAAGCUGCAGGAAACCGGCGAAGAUGGCAUUGCCGAACUGGCCGCCGAGUUCAACUCUGGAAAGGUGCAGUACGGAUUUGUACGGGUAGAUAACAAAGAGACUGGAAUUGCUAAGUUUGUGUUUAUAAAUUGGCAGGGUGAAGGUGCUCCCACCUCUCGUAAGGGGUCAUGUGCCAAGCAUGUUCGGGACGUGAACAACCUGCUGAAGGGAGCGCACAUAACAAUUCAUGCUGCCAACGAGGAUGAUGUUGAGGAAGCUCGGAUCAUGGAGAAACUCCAGAAAGUGGUGGUCAACGAUUUCAAGGUCAAAGAUUACUCGCGAGCCAAUGACGCCCAGAAACCGGUUGGCACUAACUACAGUCGGGUCAUUCCAACGAAGGAAAUCAAUCCGGCCGAAAGGGACGAGUUCUGGCGCAAAGAGGAAGAGGAAGAGAAACACCGGCUGCAGUUGGAGUACGAGCGUAAGCUGAACGAAACGGUGCAAUUGGAAGAGGAACGACGUCGCCGCGAGGAACGUGAAUUUGAGAAACGAGAAGCAGCGCUUGGAGGUCCGCCAAGUCCGGACAAGAGCUACACACGACAGGUAUCCGACAGUUCCCGAACGGAACGGGAUCGUGAAAUCAAACAGGUCGUAGAGGCCAGCGGCAAGGUGAGCUCUGCCAAGGCACGGUUCCUUAACAGUACUACCCAGCUGAGCCCGACACACAUCCAGCAGCAAGCGAUAGUUCCGGAACUGGUCAUGUCACCGGCUUCGUCCAACGAGGAGAAGAGUCUAAUAAACGAACUGAAGGCAGAGUUGGAAGCAGAGCAAAAUGGUCAUAAUGGGGCGCAGUCAGUGAAACAGGCGGAACCACAGGAGUACUUCGAUCCGAACGCUACGAUUGAUCUGUCGGAUGAGGACAAUAUGAUCCGUGCUAGAGCCUUAUACGAUUAUCAGGCCGCUGACGAAUCUGAGAUAAGUUUCGAUCCGGACGAUAUCAUUACGCACGUCGAUCAAAUCGACGAGGGCUGGUGGCAGGGCUUGGCACCGAAUGGCACCUAUGGACUGUUUCCCGCCAACUACGUUGAGUUGAUUUAAGCGAACAAAAAGUGGAUUUGAGAUAGAGAGAUCAAGUAACAAAACAUCACGAAACAUACACGCUCGCAUCGUUAAAUGUAUUAAGAGUGUCGUUAGAGGAUCAUCCCCCUAAGUUGUAUUCUAAUUAUUGUCAUACCGUAACACGUAACAGGCGAACGAUGGGCGGUGAAGUAGUAUUAUAAUAUUGUGUUUCGCCGCGAAGAAAUUAUUAUUCAUCACAUUAAUCGGAGUCGAAUAUGAUUCGCAUAACAUUUUGCAAUGAAAGUCAAAGAAAAGGUUCAAGUUAUAAUCAAUUUACCAUUAUAUCGUGACAUUUUACAAGAAGAACGAACAACAUUCAUGUUUAUGAGCUGUUAUUAGAUAAUAAUAAAUAAUCUUCAAUUUCUCUUCGAGAUGUAAUAAAGUGUAAUACUUCUUCCACAAUGAGUAUUGACACCUGAAA